CUUUCAGGACAUUUUCUGGUACCAACCAAAUUAUUCCUUUAAGAGUCGCUGGCCAAUUUUUUACCGUCGAAAUAACUCCAUCAUCGAUGAACACACCCCCUCCCGGGGGAGAGGUGCUGAAUUUUAAAUACCUAGCCAUCACUUCACCAGCUCCUGACUCUGCUGCUGCAUGCUCUUCGGGGGAGACAAUUUCACUGGAUACGGUGACUGGUGGGGAAACAUGUAUCGCCUCCCCUAAUUUCCCGGAAUUUUAUCCAGAAGCAACAACAACAUGUAGAUGGCGUAUCGAAACAAGUGAUACAAUCGAGUACAACGUUAUUUUUUUUCACACGGAGUUCAACAGCGCCUGUCAAUUCGAUUUCGUGAAGAUCACCGUUGCCGGAUCUACAGGAACACCACAAUGCGGUAGACAACUCCAAGGUGUGACCCAGACGGGCCUGGCCAGUCCUGUGGAAGUGGAAUUCACAUUUGAUAACGGCGGAAGCGUUCCCGGGAUUUUCAUGUGUUUCAAAAAAAUCGCUACUUCAACGACAUCGACGACAACAACGACGACAACAACGACAACACCCACAACGACAACAACGACAACAACGACACCAGCACCAAAUGACGACGACGAUGUAAUCGGAGACGUCAUCGUACCACUUGCCUUGUUUGCGGUCUUCGUCAACUUAUUCGGCGCUAUUUUCUUUUAAAUAGGUAGCAGUGUACAGUAAAAUUGCCAAAUUCUGAAAAAUAUGGCACAUGCUUUAGAUAUGUAAACAUUG